AUGCAGGAGGAAAACGAAGUCGAUGCGGAUGGCGAGGCCGCGGAAGAUCCAGAUGUGGAUUUGCAGGCAUCUAAGGGUCCUCAGUAUGAAAUUCGGGAAGCCGUUGAGAAAUGCUAUGUACCAGCUGAUGGGAGUGUGAUUAUUUCAACAAAGUUUACUCGUACGAGUGCGAUCGGGAAGACCCCUGUCGACUGUGAUGCGGGUGCAGAGGAGAAAGCGAUGGAAGAGGAAACCCUGGUAGCAGGGGAGGAGGGGAACGAUGAUGAUAUUCAGCACGAGGAUGAAUUUAACAGGGAGCUCAUAUGCAGUAGACGAGUUACGAAGGCAUUUGUGAAGGGCUGCACUCUGAGGGUUGGGGAAUCGUACGUGUCGUGCGUGUUUGAGGAUUCAUCGCGCUUCACCGUCAUCCGAGAUGGAGGGAACGGCUUCGUGCUCAUGUAUACUCCUUUGAGAGCUACAUGGGUUACACUCUGUCUUCAUCAAGGUAUUGAAUUGAAACCUCAAAAGGUGACGUUUGAGAAACCGUUGAUGCGGAUGGUCCCCAACGCUCGCUGCGGCGAUCUAGUAUGUGACGUUGAGAGAAGUAGAAGAGUAUUUCCCAAGGGUGUUAUCAUGCGGGAGUUGACGAGUGGGAGGAAGGAGUUGCUUUAUCCUGACGGUCAGUGA